CCAUAUUGUUUGUAGAUCAGUGGCAUAUCUCAAGCUGCAACGCUCGAUCGCGGUGAAAGCGAAGGUCACCUCGUCCACCACUUUAUCACCAAGAAUACAGAGUUGUUCUGUAACUGCAUAACACAAUGGACAAUUUUGAUAAUUUCAGUGUUUCAGAGAAGGUAGACGCGACGGAGCUUCAGCGUAUGAUCGCUAUAGAGCAGCAGAAAGCGCAGUUCCAGGCCCAGGUGCACAAUUUCACUGAUAUCUGCUGGGACAAAUGUGUGGACAGUCCGGGCUCGAAGCUGGACUACCGGACAGAGACAUGCCUCGUGAGCUGUGUUGAGCGAUUCAUUGACACCACCCUGACCAUAACCAACCGCUUCACACAGAUGGUGCAGAAGGGUGCUCAUUAAUAUUGGACUAUAGAUGCCAACAGGACUGUAUUAUGACAAAAACAGUGUUUUGUAUUUCUAACAUGUUGAUGGAAGGUAUUAUAAAGAGGACAUGUUUCACUUAC